AAGAGAGGUUUGGGGGUCCUGGGGGAGGCUUUGAGGCCAGGGGGGGGGUUUUGGGGGAGAACUCAGCUGUUUCUGGGAGGUCGUGGAGCUGCUGGCGGGGAUCGGGGGGAUUUGGGGGAUUUUGGGGCCAUUCCGACGGAUUUGGGGCACUUAGGACGCUUUUCCUCCCGGCGCCAAAUUCCCUCUUUGCCCCGCCCCCUUCCUCCUCCCCCCCUUUCCCAUUGGCUCAAUGUGUUUAAAGUUUGCGUGGCCACGCCCCCUCGCCUUAUAAGGAGAGCUCGCGCCCCAUUCGUCCCCGCCCCAUCGUCCCCGCCCCCUUCUUCCACCCUCCCUUUCCCAUUGGCUCCCCGUGUUUGAAAUCUGCAUAGACACGCCCCUCUCCUUAUAAGGAUGGAUCCCUCCCCUAAUCCACGCCCCCUCCCUUUCCUCUCCCUCUCCCAUUGGCUCCUUGUGUUCAAAAUCUGCAUAUCCACGCCCCCUCCUUCAUCCUCACGUGGUUUUUUCGCGCCGGCGCGGGUUUUCUCCCGCGGUGAUGGCGGACCCGGAGCGGGAUGCGGUGCCGGUCCCGGUGUCGGUGGAGGCGGUGCUGCGUGAGUUGGCGCUGUUCGAGAUGCGAUGCGACGGGGAGGACGCGACCGAUAAACUGCUGGAGCUCUGCCUGUCCCACUCACUGGACCCGGUGACGUUGGCUAACGAGCUGCUCGCCUUCAUUACCAGCAAAGCCCUCGACCUCCAGCUCAGCCCCGAGGUUCUCAGCACCUUCGAGCACGAGGUGCUGAGCAGGAGGGACAGACGGACCCGCAGGACGGACAGCCGCUGUCUGCAUGACGUGCACACGUUGCAGGAGCUCCUCAAUGAGGAGGAGGAGGAGCAGCUCUUGGAUUCCUAUUCCACCCCAUCCAAAGGAUCCCAAAAACGCAGCAGUUCCACCCCAGAAAACCCCAAUCCCAAACGGAGCUCCUCCACUCACAGCCCCAUCGGGCUGCUGUCCCCAAACAGCUUCAGCCCCAGCAUCGCCCCCUCCCCCCAAUAUUCCUCCCGCACCAAUCGGGGUUCGGUGGUCGCCUCCUUCGGCCCCAUCCACGCCGUCACCUGGAGCGGCCGGGGGGGCUCCCAGUGCACCCCAAAACCCUUCGACCCCCCUGAGCGCAGCCUGAGCCGCAGCUACAGCUUCAUGUUCCAGAGAGCAGCCGACGUCCGGGAAGUGCUGUUCUGGAGGAUGGAGGAGCUCGGCGAUGCGCUCCGGUCCCACCACAACAUCGAGGACUUCGCCUCCCUGCUGCUCCCAGCACAGGAUUCGGUGACGGUUUUGGGGCGCAUUGGCUGUGACAGCAAUGGGAAACUGAACCCCAAAUCUGCAGUGCUGGAGGGGGACCGCGAGCGCUCGGCCGGAGCCCAAAUCCCUUUGGACCUUUCAGAGCUGCGGGAUUUCUCUCUGUUCCCUGGGCAGGUAACGACGCCGGCUGGGAUUUUUGGGGUGAAAAAAAUCACGUUGGGUCUGCCCUCCCCUUUCCCCAAAUCUCUCUGUUGGUUUCAGGUCUGCGUGGUGCUGCUGGUCUGUGGCCCCUUCACCCCAUCUGACAGCGUCGCCUUCGAGCCUCUGUGGGACCUGAUUGCUGCCAUCGACCAGCAGCGCCCCGACGUCUGCGUGAUGUUUGGGCCGUUCCUCGACACCAAACACGAGCAAGUAGAGAGCUGCCAGCUGCUGCUGCCCUUUGCGGAGGUGUUCAGGCUGUGCGUGCGGACGGUGCUGGAGGGGACGCGGAGUGCUGGCACCCAGCUGGUCUUUGUCCCCUCGCAGCGGGACGCUCACCACGACUUCGUGUACCCACAGCCCCCCUUCGUCUGCCCUGAUCUGCCCAAAGAGGACAAGGCGAGGGUGCACUUCAUGCCGGAUCCCUGCACCCUGGACAUCAACGGGGUGGUGCUGGGCCUCACCUCCACCGACCUCCUCUUCCAUAUGGGCACCGAGGAGAUCAGCAGCUCCUCUGGGACCUCGGAUAGGUUCACACGGAUCCUCCAACACAUCCUGACACAGCGCAGCUACUACCCCCUCUACCCCCCAGCAGAGGAGAUGAAUGUGGACUACGAGAGCUUCUCCAGCUUCGCCUCGCUGCCCGUCACCCCCCACGUCCUCGUCACCCCCUCAGAGCUGCGUUACUUCGUUAAGGAGGUGUUGGGCUGCGUCUGCAUCAACCCCGGCCGGCUGACCAAGGGCCGGGCAGCGGGGACCUACGGGCAGCUGUGCCUGCAGCAGCAGCGGGGUGGGGAGCAGAAGAACCCCUGUGUGGCUGCUCAGGUCGUCAGGAUUUAGGAUUCCACCAUCCAGAACCCAGAAAGAGCCCCAAAUUUGGGGUUUGGGGGCAGAUUUCCACCAUCCAGACCCAGGAAUUUGGGAUUUUGGGACAGGUUUCCACCAUCCAGACCCCCAAAAGAGCCCCAGAUUUGGGGUUUGGAGGCAGAAUUCCACCAUCCAGACCCAGGAUUUGGGAUUUUGGGGACAAGUUUACACCUUCCAGACACCAAAAAUACCAGGAUUGGGUUUUUUUUGAUGUUUUUCACCUUUUUCAUCACUUUCUGCCUCAAAGUUCUAUCAAGAAACCCCAAAAAUGGGAGAUUUGACUCCGUUUCUUUGCUCAUUUCUUUGCUGUUAACCUCAACAAACCCCCAACAUUUGGCUCCUGAAUGCCAUGGGGUGCCAUCCAGGGGGGUCAGUUGGAAUUAACCCACACUAAUUGCCUUAAUUACCUCCCAGCCUUAUUAUUACCCCAUGGAAGAACUGUGUGCCGUUGGCGCCGUUUCCUCUGAUUCUUUUGGUGGAAAAAAUGGGGGGGAAAGGGAAAAAAAACUGUUAGAAAAAAGGCUGAAAUGACCA